CACGUGCGCGGACCUAGCUGUGCGCCAUCUUCCGUCCGGUGCUGUCGGUGGCGUCGUCGUUGGAAUCUGAAUCUUGAACUUUCCGAAGAGAGGAUCUGGGCUUCAGAGUUCUUACCAGACGAGCAAGCAGAUCCCCAGAUAGAUUGAUUCAUCAGAGUUGUGUACUGCACAUUUUAAACUUGAGGUAUCCCUGCAAGGAAAUAGACUAACAGCCGCAGUUGACUGCAGUCCUGUCAUACUUUCGUGAUGUUUCCCUUGGCCAGAAAUGCACUAAAAAGGUUCAAGAUUCGAAGUAUUCAACCAAUUAGGUCAAGACAGAAACACAAAAAACACUCACCAGAUUUCCAUGACAAAUACGGUGACACUGUACUAGCCAGUGGGACCGCUUUCUGUGUUGUUGCAUGGGUGUAUACAGCCACACAGAUUGGGAUAGAAUGGAACCUAUCUCCAGUUGGAAGAGUCACCCCACAAGAGUGGAAUGAUGAGUAACCAUCAAAGUUACUUAAUACAAAAUUGUUUCAAAAUUCAAAACUUGUCAUUUAAGUACUCUGCUGCUUAUUAAAAUAUAGCAUAAUUGAAGAAAUAAAAUAUAUUUGAAACCUUUAAAAA